CUACUUUAAUAUUGUAAUCAUCCACGACUUAUAAUUAUUCAUAGUAGUUCAUAUAUUUAUGAUAUAAGUUAUUUAAUCAUUAAACUAUAUGACACUUUAAUCACUACCAAUUGAUAAAUGAUAUUUUAUUUGUAUUUACUUAAGUAAACAGUCUACUUGAAAAAUAUACACUAUUAAUUAAAUUCAAAAUUUGUAUACAUAUAAAGAAAAAUUAAAGGCUUGUUAUUCAUGAAGGCACUUGGAUUAACAUGUUUUGUCCUUGGAUUCAAGAACAUUUGUUAAAAUAACUGACAAGAAAGUAAACACUAUAUAAACAGUCAAAAGCGAUUAAGAAGACUACCAAGGUGAAAGAAGUAAAGUCUAAGGACAAUGAUAUAACCGAUUAUAGUGCAGAAAUCCAUAUAACUAAAUAUCACCAAAGCAGGGAGGAAAUCAGUAACUUGUGUCAUAUUGCACAAUAGACUGAUUUAAAAGGUUUAUUUUGGACCUGGUUAGACACAUGGUGAAACUUUGACAUCUUGAUGCUGGAUGUUUAAGUGUGCAAAAAUAUUCUAAGCUGGAAUAUAUGGCACUAUAGGAAUAGUAAAAGGAUCGAAUUCAUUGUGAUUUACAAGCAAAAAACCUAGUGUUUGAGUGUAUUUAUAAACUGAAGGCUUAAUACAAUAAGUUGAUACACUGGAUUUUAUGUUUUUGGAUGUUUCCUGGGAAGAUUGAGAUCAAACUCAAUUAAUGGACAUAUAUAAAUGAAAUAAUUACAAUGAGACAAUGGGAAGCUGAGUAUCAUCCGCUCUGUUAUAUAUUGAAAGUAAGAGACACAAAAUGGCUAUUAAUGUACCAGCACUUGUCAUUCUCGUAAUACUAUAUUUGGUAAUACUCAUUGUUGGCGUUGUUGCUGCGAAGAAGUUCAAGUCAGAAUCAGCGAAAAACAAAACAGAACUAAAUGUCGUUGCAGGACGUGAUCUUGGAGGAAUUGUGGGAAUAUUCACAAUGACAGCUACAACAGUGGGAGGAGGCUACAUUAAUGGCACAGCUGAAUCCGUGUACAAAGAUGGCCUUAUAUGGACUCUUGCUCCUUUCGGCAUUUUUAUUGGCCUCAUAAUUGCUGGUUUAUUCUAUGCCAAGAAGAUGAGAGAUGAAAAAUAUCUGACAAUGUUAGAUCCAUUUCAACAUCGCUAUGGCAACACAAUGGUUGGAUUGUUGUACUUAGCUGCAAUAUGUGGCGACCUCUUUUGGUCAGCUUCCAUUCUUUCUGCAUUAGGAACAUCAUUAAGCGUCAUAGUGAAAUUAAACCAAACCAUAUCUAUCGUCAUAUCAGCCUGCAUCGCUGUUCUGUAUACCAUAUUUGGGCAGAUGGUUGCAGUCGCAUACACUGAUGUAGCACAAAUGAUGUUCAUUGGCUUUGGUUUGAUUUUGUGUGUGCCAUUCGCUUUAACAAAUGAGCUUGUGGAGCCCAUCACGAGUACAACUGAGCGUUGGUAUGGGACCUGGUAUCCCCCGACAACAGCUGUUUGGAUUGAUCUUGCUAUCACUAUGACAUUUGGAACAAUACCGUGGCAGACUUAUUUUCAACGUGUUCUGUCAGUGAAAUCUUCCCAGCAUGCUCAGCGGCUGACAUUUAUCGCAGCGUGUGGCGCAUCAUUAAUGGCGAUUCCUCCGAUUCUUAUCGGGGCUGUAGGAACCAGUGCUAAUUGGACAAUGACAGAGUUAGGAGAAUCCCCAAUGUCUCUGAAUCAGUCCAGUCUUGUGCUACCCCUUGUCCUGCAACAUUUCACACCUACCGUAAUAUCAGCAAUAGGUCUCGGUGCCGUGGCAGCAGCUGUGAUGUCAUCAACAGACAGCGCCAUCUUAUCAUCAAGUUCUAUGUUCACAUAUAAUAUUUAUAACAAGUUGGCUCGAGAAAAGGCCAGUGACAAGGAGCUGGAAUGGGUACAAAGAAUUGCAGUGUUUUUUGUGGGCGCCAUAGCAACGGUGAUGUCACUAUUCAUCCCCUCAAUUUAUGGAAUGUUUAUACUUGCUGCUGAUAUUGUCUUCGUGGUGAUGUUUCCCCAGUUAACCACGAUCUUAUAUUUCAAAUUCACAAACACAUAUGGUGCAAUAUCUGGUUACGUCAUAGGAUUAUUACUCCGAUUGGGUGGCGGGGAAAGUUUCAUUGGACUACCACCUUUCAUUUAUUAUCCAUACUACAGUGAAACAGAUGGACAGUUGUUCCCAUUCCGAACGUUUUCCAUGUUGGUUUCUAUGGCAACGAUUCUAUUGGUGUCAUAUUUUACUCAAGUGCUAUUUAUUAGAGGUGUUUUACCUGCCAAAUUGGAUAUUUUUAGAAGCUAUAGUACAAAACAAAUGAACGGUGAUUAUUUUAUCACUUGUUGCGAUCCUAAGGAGAAUAAGCAGGAAAAAGAUAGGAUUAUUCAUGAUGUUACGUCACUUUGAAUAUAUAUUGUGAUGUAACUUUGAAAUAUUAUAGUGAUGUCAUUGUCAUAUUGAAAAUAUAUUGAAAUGCCAGUUCUGCAUUUUGGAGAAUGCUCAUUGGAUAUGAAGAUUUGCUAUUGACUUAAAACACCCGUUGGAUUACGUUUUACGGAUUCUAGUUUUUUUUAUUAUGUCGCCAACACGAGUGGUGACAUAUUGUUAUAGUCUCCAACUUUUUUGUGGACUGCAUUCAACAGUUCGUGUUUGGUGGCGACAUUCAGUGUGUGUAACAAAUGGCAGGUGUUG